AUGGGCUGCAGUGCGCUGUCUGCCUACCUCGUCGUCGCGGUAGGACUCUGCUCGCUCCUGGACUGCCACCCGGAGGCGCACCGGUACAAGACGCAGGGCCACCGCUCCAUCUUUACGUGGGAUCAGUGGACGCGCGCGGUCGCCGUCGGGCUGUCCAAUAUCCUCCUCUUCUCCUGGUUCGCGACUAUCCCGGCGUGGCAGCUGCAGCGGCGCGGAGGCGGCUCGGGCGCGUGGGACACGCCGCUGUCCUUGCCCAACGAGCUGGCGUGCUUUGCGGUGCACGUCGUGACAAUCGACGUGUGGUUCUACGUCACCCACCGCGCGCUCCACCUGCCGCUCCUGUACAAGUGGAUCCACAAGUUCCACCACGCCUUCAAGGCGCCCGCCGCCAUCGCAUGCGUGUACGCCAACCCGAUCGAGUUCUGCGUCGGCAACGUCGGCGGCGUGGUUCUGGGGCCGGCGCUGACGCGCUGUCACCCCUACGCCGCCGCCUACUGGCUCGCCUUUUCCCUCACGUCGACGAGCCUGGCGCACAGCGGCUACCGCGCCUUUGGCGCAGAGGAGCACGAUGCGCACCACGAGCACUUUUCGUGGAACUUCGGCGUCGGCAUCUUGAUGGACAGGGCGCUCGGCACGUGCCUGCCGGAGGGGCUGCGCGCGCGGGGGGGCGAGAAGAUCAUGAAGAGAAGCUGA